AUGUCAGACGAAAUCCGAGGAUGGUUAUAUGGUUGGCUUGGAAAAAGAAAACUCGGCACACCAUCCUAUAGCACUACUCCUUUGGCGAACUGUGGUGGAAGAAUACGUUUCCGAUGCGAACUACGUAUACCAGGACAGCACUAUGUGGGAUUAGGAAUCUCGGUCAAUAAGAAGGAUGCUGCUACUAACGCUGCUAGAGAUUUUGCACAUUUUCUAAUUCGACAAAAGUUGCUGGAUCCGACAGAACUUCCGAAGCUUACCGCAACAAAUCUGGAUUCAUUUGGCCGGGACAGUGUGGAAGAUGUCAUUUUGCUGAACAAAGCAGAAGAAAAUAGCUACACAACAACUAACGUUUCAAUGAAUAUGCAGUUUAUCCCGUCAUCGAGGAUUAAAACAGGACAUCAACGUUAUAUUGAGCAAAAAGCAGAAGAAAUUGCGCUCUCAGAAUCGGUCGAUUUGCGGACACAUAUACAUGGAGGAUGGACGGCUGACAAUAGUAAAAUGCAUUUAAAUGAAUUUGUGCAGAAAAUUAAGCAGCCACCAUUAAGAUAUGAUAUUCGUAGUAUUGGCACUGAUAACUCCAGAACUUUUGUUGCCGAAGUGUCACUUUUCGUCCCGAAAGUACAGUGCACGUUUUCGGCAAGAGCAGAAGGAUCAACGAAGAAAACUGCCGAAGCAACAUGUGCACUUUCUCUGAUGCGUCAGUUGUUUCAUAAUCAGUUAGUUGGUGCUUACACUGGUCAGAAAAAAAAAAAGACAGCGGGAAAUCUAGCAGACAUCCCUGUCAUUGUAAGUGACGAGCUUUCUAAGGAAAUAGCUCAUUAUCUUACCUUGGUUGGUGUUGAUGAAGUGCAGCCCUCACCAGAAGCUUCAUCUUCCAAUCCGGUUUCAUUAUUGAUUACUCAAAAAUUGAAUCAUUUUGAGCCGUCACAACCCAUCUCAGAUGGUUUGGUAUCGUGGAGUCCAGCACUGGAAAAUUGGAAUCCAUGGAAGUCACUGAAUAUUGAUGAAGCACCACUUGCUUUUAGUUUUCAGAUGUCUCUUGAGGCAAUAAGUGCUGACUUAUUAGAAAGAGAAAAAAAGCGGGUGAUACCAUCAAGUAUAAAGACUCAACGAGAAUUGUUACCAGUGUACCAGUACCGCGAUCAGUUGAUUGAUACGAUUAGAAAUAAUUCAGUUACAAUUGUGAAAGGUGAAACGGGUUGCGGAAAGUCUACUCAGGUUUGCCAGUAUCUUUUAGAACACUAUAUAAACAAUUGUCAUGGUGCCGAAUUCGCUGCUUUUGUUACACAACCACGGAAAAUCAGCGCUAUAGCGUUAGCUGAGCGAAUUGCUGAUGAACGUGGUGAGCAACUAGGAGUGUCAGUUGGAUACGCUGUUAGGUUUGAUUCACUUCAUCCUCGACCAUAUGGAUCGUUGAUGCUUGUUACUGUUGGUAUGCUGCUAAAAAGAUUAGAAUUAGGCUUGCGUGGAAUAAGCCAUAUUAUUGUUGAUGAAAUUCACGAGCGAGAUAUCAAUACAGACUUCAUCAUGAUUGUCUUACGCGAUAUGGUAAAUAUGUAUCCUAAUUUGAGGAUUAUUUUAAUGUCUGCAACGGUCGAUACGAAUCUUUUCACUAAUUAUUUUGGCGACUGCUCAGUGAUCCUUCUGAAAGGGCGAAAUUUUCCCGUCCAAUACUAUUUCUUGGAAGAUAUUGUACAGAUGAUUCGUUUUUCGCUGUCAACUGAUAAACUAAAAAGAGAAAAAAAAAGUGGUCGUGAUGAUGAAGGAGGUGAAGUUACGGAAGAGACACAAAAUCUGAAUUUGGGUGUUAGUGAAGAAUAUGGUUUGAACACAAAACUUGCCAUGAAUCAACUUUCAGAAAGGGAAAUAUCGUUCGAACUUAUUGAGGCUCUUUUGAAUGACAUCGUAAACAAGGGUGAAGAGGGUGCAGUCCUCAUUUUCUUACCAGGAUGGAAUGUCAUUCAACUUUUGCUCAAUUUUUUGAAAUCACAUCCUGUGUUCAGUAAUGAGUCACUAUUUGUUAUCCUUCCACUUCAUUCACAGCUGACUGGCCAGGAACAACGUAGAGUUUUUGAACGUCAUUCACCCGGUGUUAGAAAAAUUAUCCUGUCAACGAAUAUUGCGGAGACCAGUAUUACCAUAGACGAUGUUGUUUAUGUAAUCGAUAGCUGCAAGGUUAGAGAGAAAAUGUACACUUCAUACAAUAAUAUGGUUCACUAUGCAACAGUUUGGGCAUCUCGUACCAGUAUUGUACAGCGCAGAGGACGGGCUGGACGUACCCGUGAGGGCUUCUGUUUCCAUUUAUGCUCCAAAAGUCGAUAUGAAGCGUUAGAAGAAUAUCGCACAGCGGAAAUGCUGAGAAUUCCACUGCAUGAAAUUGCGCUAAUGGUUAAAUUAAUUGGAUUAGGCUCAAUUGGUGAUUUUUUGGCCAAGGCAAUCGAACCACCACCAAUCGAUUCUAUUAUUGAGGCUGAAGUACUCCUUCGGGAUAUGUCAGCUUUGGAUUCAAACAGUGAAUUAACGGAACUCGGUCGCAUUUUAGCCCGACUUCCCAUUGAACCGGUACUUGGAAAAACUCUCAUUCUUGCUACUGCAUGCGGUAUUGGGGAAUUAUUAGCAACAAUAUCUGCUGCAUCAUCAUUUGCGACACCAUAUAUACCGCGUGACCGAACGACUUCUAAACUGUCUUUCCAACAGCGUUCGUUUUCUGGCAACCGCUUUUCAGAUCAUAUUGCGCUUAUAUGUGUUUACAAUAGGUGGUGUGAAGCAUAUGAUCAAGAUACAAUAGCAGAGAAAGAUUUUUGCGAACGGUUUUCCUUGAAUUCUACAGUAUUGCGAAUGAUUAGGAUUGCCAAGCGACAGCUGACUGAUACACUGAUCUCAUGUGGUUUUUCUGAAUCACUGUUCAUUCCAUUAGCUGUAUCCAACAGAGAACCUGAUUCAAAUCUCGAUCUUAUACUUUCGUUAUUGGUUUAUGCUCUAUAUCCAAAUGUUUGUCACUACCGCGAUAAACGACGUGUUUAUACACUGGAGCAGGCAACAGCUUUGAUGAGCAAGCAAUCUGUGAACACGCCUUUUCAUAGUUCGGAUAUUAUUAAAUUCCCAUCUCCUUUGUUUGUUUUUUCGGAAAAACUUCGUACUGAAAUAAUAUCAUGUAAACAAAUUUCGAACAUAACACCCCUUCAGUUACUUCUUUUUGGAAGCCGCAAGGUGGAGUAUCAUGGUAAUAAUAUUAUCAAAUUAGAUGACAUGAUCCCCUUGAAAAUGAAUGUGCAAGCUGCAGCUCGAAUUGUAGCUUUGCGGCCAUGCAUCGAAGCACUUAUUGUACGAAGUUGUUUGAAUCCAGAAACUACGAAUAAAGUUGAUGAAAAUGAUAAUAAGCUACUUAAGAUCCUAAAGCAAUUGUCUUCACCUUUUGGUUGGUCACCAAAUGAAAAGGUUGCUGGAACACAACAGCAAGAGUAUGCUUACGUUGAAGGAAUUUCUCGCUCGAGCUACAUUAAAGGCUUUCGAAGUAGUGCUAAUGGCAUGAAAUUGAACACAAGAGAAAAUAGAGGAAGUGCAAAUGGAGGACGAGGAAGAACUAGUCCAACGGGUGCUUUUGGAAAUAAUGGAACAAGAUAUUAUAGUUAUGAGGGAGCACUGAAAACUGUUGUUCGCGGUUUUGAUUAUUCUCCAUCUAAGAGCUGGUCUCAAGAAACUUAUGUAAGGCGGCCUCAUAGUCGUGCUGGUUACAGCAACAUUAAUAAUAGAGAAGGUUUUAGAAAUAAUUUUGGUAGGCGUGGUAGAAGUAAUAGGGGUCUCCAUCCAUCUAGUUUUUUCCAAAACAAGACUUUCCAUCCCUGUAUGAGCGACAGCGUUAUGCGAACUUGUGGCAGAGGUACACCGUCAGAUUAUGCUGAAUAUAGUCGUAAGGGAAGUGGCACGAUUGGUUUGGCAGCAAACUGGGAUAUUGCACCUACGAAACGUGCUCGGACUAGUUCUGGAACAGUACCGUCAUAUUCAGCUAAUGAAUUAGUAUCGCAGUCCAUGUUUGGUACAGCAGUACAGCAGUCCGCUGGCAAUGGUCGAGGACGCGUUGAUUCUUUGGAUGAUAUUGAUGAGAAAUUUAAACGUUGGUGGAGAAAUGUUGAUGACAUCGACGAGUAUGGGAACUUUUAA